CAAUGAACGACGAUGACAGGGGCCUCAAGUCAUCGAUACGCCUUUGACUCGUUCGUCCACUUGACAACAGGCAUUUCUCCUCGGUUAGACGACGAAAACAAUGACUACCCCUAGCAUCCCGAAGUUCAAGCUGAACAAUGGGGCCGAGAUGCCUGCGGUUGGAAUGGGAUGCUGGAUGGGAGGAUUCGGUGAGGCAGAGAGAGCCUACGAGAUGUGCGUGAAGGCCGUCAAGUGUGGUUAUCGCCACUUCGACACGGCCUCUGGAUACGGCAACGAGGAAGCGGUUGGUCGCGCCCUCCGCGAAUCUGGCGUUCCACGAAGUGAAUUCUUCGUCACGACGAAACUACCUAACGCCGGACACCACCGCGUUAAGGAGUCCUUCGAAGAAUCCCUCGCGGCCCUCAACCUCGACUACGUCGACCUAUACCUCAUCCACUGGCCACAGGGCGAGCGACCGACAGGCGAGCAACGGAAUACAGGCAACCUCGGCGGCACAAGCUACUUUGCGCCCGACGAGUCACCUACCUUCGUCGAUGUAUGGAAGGAGGUGGAGAAGCUGCUCGCGACGGGCAAAGUCAAAACCAUCGGCGUCUCCAACUUCUCAGUGAAGAACCUAAGUGCGCUUCUCCCGCACUGUACUGUGAUCCCUGCCGUCAACCAGGUCGAGAUGCAUCCAUGUCUCCCUCAGAACGAACUGAAGGCGUUCUGUGACGAGAAGGGGAUUUUGCUAACGGCGUAUUCGCCGCUGGGACGCCAUACGACGCUCAUAGAAUAUCCCGCGAUCAACGCUCUGGCUGAGAAGUUCAAGGCGACGCCGGCGCAAAUUCUGCUCAGCUGGGGCGUGCAGCGCGGCACUUCGGUGAUUCCGAAGAGCGAGAAUGCGGAGCGGAUGGCAAAGAACUUGCAGCUCGUCAACCUAUCGGACGAGGACAUGCAGGCAAUCGACGCGAUUCAUAACGUUCCUGGGAUGCACAGGUCGCUCCUCAAGUACCAUUCGGAGGAUGGCAAGGUGAUGGGAUGGACGUACGAGCAGCUGGGGUGGCCGAUGAAUAUUGGAGGUGUCAUUUCGUGAAGCUGACGCAGGAAGACAUUUAGCACAUGGCGCACUAGGGCGCUUAGCAACGUAUAGCACCCGCGGUGUCAUAAACAACGGCGAUACAACGCAAACGCGACAAAAUAACCAGGGAGCUCGAGCGUCUCAAGGCGUCGCCGUGGACCCGGUGUACGCGUGAAUGGUCUCGUCUGCGCAGCCCUCUGGCGUCUCGUAUCUGUUCGGAAGGUG